AUGUUUCGUCAAAGCAUACGUCGCUUUGGUACUACGGCCUUCCGCGCCGCUGCCGAGAGCUCGUAUAUAUCGCGUGUUUCAACGGCUCAAGGUGUUGUACAUGGACUCACUGAGGGUAUGGCCUAUUGGGAAUACCCCCUCAUCCGACUGAAGCGCCUCUCCGAAGAGACCGGGUGCAAUAUCCUUGGCAAGGCCGAGUUCCAAAACCCAGGUGGGAGUGUUAAAGAUCGUGCCGCCCUCUUCGUGGUAGAGGAUGCUGAGAAGAAGGGACUCCUUCGACCAGGGGGCACUGUUGUAGAGGGUACUGCCGGAAACACCGGGAUUGGGCUGGCUCAUGUCUGCCGGUCCAAGGGCUACAAGCUCGUAAUCUACAUGCCCAAUACUCAGUCGCAAGGAAAGAUCGACCUCCUCCGCUUGCUGGGCGCUGAAGUAUACCCAGUCCCCGCAGUGGCAUUCGACAACCCCGACAACUACAACCACCAGGCACGGCGACAUGCUGAAUCCCUGGAUAACGCCGUUUGGACCAACCAGUUCGACAACACUGCCAAUCGUCAGGCGCAUAUUGAGACAACUGGACCCGAGUUAUGGGCGCAAACCGGCGGCAAGCUCGACGCUUUCACCUGUGCUACUGGAACCGGUGGAACCCUGGCUGGCAUUACUCGCUACUUGAAGACCGUCAGUGAUGGGCGUGUUAAGAGUUUCCUGGCCGACCCUCCCGGUAGUGUUCUGCACAGCUACAUUCAGAGUGGUGGAAACCUCAUGGACCGCACUGGUGGAAGUAUCACCGAAGGGAUUGGGCAAGGUCGUGUGACAGACAACCUCAAGCCCGAUAUUGAUCUACUGGAUGCGUCUUUGCACAUCAGUGAUGAGAAGUCCAUUGAAAUGGUCUACCGCUGUCUCGACGAGGAAGGGUUGUACCUUGGUGCCAGUUCCGCUCUGAACGUAGUGGCAGCCAAGGAGGUCGCUGAGAAGCUUGGCAAAGGGAAUACGGUUGUGACUGUUCUUUGUGAUGGUGCUUACCGAUAUGCCGAUCGCCUGUUCUCGGCUAAAUGGCUCGAGACCAAGAAUCUGCGUGGAGCUAUUCCCAAGCAUUUGGAAAAAUAUAUUGUACUACCUUAG